AUGGCUAGCAGGACACCAAAUGGCAUUGGUUCAGCUGCCAAAUGGUCAUGUAGAGCAAUAAAGUCAUUUGCUAUGGCUGAGUUGGAAGCCAGGAAGCUCAAGUAUCCAAAUACUGGAACUGAAGCUCUUCUCAUGGGGAUCUUGAUUGAGGGUACUAGUGAGGCAGCAAAGUUUCUACGGGCCAAUGGAGUAACACUCUUCAAGGUGCGUGAAGAGACUGUUAAGUUACUUGGAAAGGGUGACAUGUACUUUUUCAGUCCGGAGCAUCCUCCUUUGACUGAAGCUGCUCAAAGGGCCAUUGAUAAGGCUAUUGAUCAAAAACUAAAAUCUGGUGAUAGCGGGGAAAUUACAGCAUGUAAUUUGCUUCUUGGCAUUUGGUCAGAAGUGGAUUCAGCUGGUCACAAGAUAAUGGCUGCCCUUGGCUUCAAUGAUGGCAAAGCCAAAGAACUGGAGUCCUUGAUUUCUAGACCUGGGUUUGUAGCUGACUGAUACCUGCCUUCACAA